AUGGGUGCUGCAUUCAGUAAUUAUUCGCCCCAUCAGAUUGUUGUUGAUCUGGUGCGUGGUAGGAAGCGAAAGUUUAGCGAAUCUAGCUCUCAGGAUGAAAUGGAUAAAAUUAUCGACAUCGCCAUGCACACGCCAAAAAGAAAAAAACUAUGCAGCACUGUCCAAUACAUUUACCAAGCCCUCUUCGUGGAAGGCCGCGACAGCGACGUGACUGUCGUAGCCCUCGACGAAGAAUUCGCCCUUCACAAAGUGUAUCUCGGCCAGAGUCCCUAUUUCGCCAGUAUGUUCGGCGGAAACUGGAAGGAAACCGGCGAGACACGCAUUGAAAUCGACGUGGUUGACCCACUGAUUACCAAGGAUGCGCUGCGGACAGUACUAGGUGCACUCUACAGCGAUGAGCUACACCUAGAACCCCUUGGCGUCGUGAGUGUCUUAGCCGCAGCAACAAUGCUGCAACUGAAUGGCGUGAUCGAACGCUGCGGUGAAGUAAUGCUUGAGACAAUCAAUCCCCAUACGGCGUUGCACUAUUACGACGCCGCGUGCCAAUACGGAGACGUAAAACUGCGCGACCAGUGCGUGCAGUGGUUUCUGCUGAAUCUAAUGAUGUACUAUAAUAAUAGUCUGAACGACCUGCGUACCAUUCCUGUCACUUUAAUGGAGCACCUGGUGGGACAUCCGGGGCUUUGCGUGAUGAAGACUGAAAUCACCCUGUAUGUCCUGCUGUCUCAAUGGAUGUACUUACAAACUCAUCCGGAGUGUGAUGAGAGUAUUGGAUCGAGGGAUAUUGCUGCAUUUUACUGCAAUAGAAGCGGUCAAGUUCCAUACUUAUUGACUGAAGAAGGUGCCUGCUUCGAGAAGGUCUUCCGUGCGUUACGAAUUCAACAUCUAAUCGCCCAUCACAUGGACGUGGAGCUUUUACUGCGGGAUAAUAUUGUACCACGCAUGUGGCUUGAUCGUAUCAUCCUCCAAGGAUGGAAAUGUACACUGCGUAUCAAUCAGAAUGAAGAAAAAGGUCCGGACAACUGCUCGGAUGAAACCUUCCUUAAUGUUGCACUGCGCUGUGGCCGAAUAUUGACCACAAAUGAAAAACACAUGUGGCGAUGGACGGGCUUCCACUACGGCCUAGAUUUAAUCAUGAUUGCUGACGAGAAUAGUCUCUCGGUGAAGCGCAACCAUCGUCCUGAGUUCGAGCAGUUAUUGAGUCUGCAAGGCGUGCGGCAUAUAAUCAUCCGCGUCUCGGUGUACGCGCUCAACGAACAGAAGCAGAUCACGUUCACGCAGUGCUCGGGUAUUCAUCGACUAGCUCUGCACAAAAGUGAAGAGGUGACGCUCAUCAAGUUCCCACCGGACAUUCAGUUCCCGCUUGUGCUUUCCGCGAAUGUACUUUAUACCUCUCCGUUUGAGGCGCGUGAUGAAUCAGUGCAGUCGAUCUAAUCUAUAAGCUCCACAUACACAUAUAGUCAUAUAGUAUUGUGAUUAAUGUACCAAUGCACUAACUUUAUUAUAAUGAUAACGUUGAAAAUUGAUCGACUUUAAAAACACGUGCUUAUUCAAAGCGGGUAAAUUCUGAGUGCAAACGUUUAAUAUACUUAACUUUAAGACAAAGAGGAGGAGAAACAAAUGUAACUAAUCUUUAUAAAAUUAUUUUCGUUUUUAUAAGAUUGAGUGUACAUUACCGGUAAGAUUAACACAACUAACUUCGCGCGGACGCGAAAAUUCCAUGUUGUUAUCAUUGUUCUUGUGAUAUACUUAAUGUCGAUUAUUUCAUUGAAAUUUAGCGUCGAUAGUAUUUAUUUAAGUACAUAUGACCAUUCUAUCAUUGCAGAGUGUAUUCGCUUGAGUUUUUUUCUUUUCUAUUAACGAUGCCAUUUCUUUUUUAUAUUAAUUACGGAAUCACGCUAAAUAUGUAGAAAUCUUAAGUUGUUUUUUUUUGCGUUCAACUAAUAAUCACACAUAAGAGAAAACAAAGUGCUCUUACCACUAAACGGUUUAACUUGCGUUCACUAAAAAAAUGUUACUAAAAUGACUAGUCACACAAUGCGGCGCAACAUUUCUCUAUGAGUAAGCUUGACCAUUGAGUACUAUAUAUUUAUAUAAAUAACAAGAGAAUAUUUAAUAAAAUAUUUACUACUAUCGAUAUGGCAGGGUACAUAGAUGGUUGUUGUUGAGAAGAGUUUUUAUGCUUUGCGGAGAUCAAAGGAUUUAUCUUAUGUUCAUACUCACUGAUAGUUAUGUUAAUAAACAUGUUUUGUAUAUA